UGGCCCCGCCCCGCGCGCGGAGCCGCCAUUGCGGGUUGUUUGUGCGGGCGCGCAGCGAGCGCGGGCGGGAGGCGGCGCCGCGGCUCCGCCAUGUCCACCCCGGCGCGCCGCCGCCUGAUGCGCGACUUCAAGAGAUUGCAAGAAGACCCUCCUGUGGGUGUCAGUGGUGCACCAUCUGAGAAUAACAUAAUGCAAUGGAAUGCAGUUAUAUUUGGGCCAGAAGGGACACCUUUUGAAGAUGGUACUUUUAAACUAGUAAUAGAAUUUUCCGAAGAAUAUCCAAAUAAGCCUCCAACUGUUAGGUUUUUAUCAAAAAUGUUCCAUCCAAAUGUGUAUGCAGAUGGCAGCAUAUGUUUAGAUAUUCUUCAGAAUCGCUGGAGUCCAACAUAUGAUGUUUCAUCUAUUUUAACUUCAAUUCAGUCUCUGCUUGAUGAACCCAAUCCAAACAGUCCAGCAAACAGUCAGGCAGCACAACUUUACCAGGAGAACAAACGUGAAUAUGAGAAAAGAGUUUCAGCUAUUGUCGAACAAAGUUGGAAUGAUUCGUAACAGCUGCUGUGUUACUCUCCAUCCUCAUAAUCAUUAUGUACAAUUUAACUCUCAAUAGAAAGGCUACCAGAAAUUUCAAGUGCCACAGUUCUAUGAAUUUGCAUAAAAACUCAUUUGCAAACAAAAUUAAGCCCUCCAGUUUAGGGGAAGCUAAAAGCUUGUGUAUCUCAAUUAACGUCCUUUUUAUUGCAUGGUGAGAACUAAGUUAUUGCUCCAUAAAUUUGUAAUAUAUCCUGUUUGUAUUUUUUUUCCAAGUGUAUAAUGUUGGUGUGGAGUUUUCAUGACAGAAUAUACACAUUUUGUAAAUCUGUACUUUUUCAAAUAUUGAAUGCCUUAUUUUUGAAUUCUUUAGAUUUUUAAAUUGGAGAAAAGCACUUAAAAAGUUUUUAUAUAUGACUAUUUCAUGUAAAACUGUUAAAUACAUAACCUUAGUGCAAGA